AGCAUGAAUACAAGUUUCCGUCGUUUCUUCUUCCCCUUGUUCCUUGCUGCUUUUUGCUUUGCCUCCUUAGCUUUUGGUGCCACUCUGUCUAAAGAUGAAGUGCAAGCUUUGAGAGGUAUAGCUAAGACACUUGGGAAGCAGGAUUGGGAUUUCAGUGUAGAUCCAUGCAGUGGAGAAAGUAACUGGACAUCAUCUGUUCAAGUGAAAGGGAGCGAAAAUGCUGUCAUAUGCAAUUGCUCAUUUGUCAAUGGCACCCUCUGUCAUAUCACUAACAUACUUUUGAAACAACAAAAUCUCCCAGGCACUCUUCCACCGGAACUGAUCAGGUUACCUUACCUUCAAGAAAUUGAUCUCACUCGCAACUACCUGAACGGUACAAUUCCUAAAGAAUGGGGUUCUAUGAAUCUUGUAAACAUUUCUCUCCUUGGGAAUCGAUUAACGGGUUCAAUACCAGUAGAGAUAGCAAACAUAUCCACUCUCCAAAGUUUGGUCUUGGAGACCAAUCAAUUAUCUGGAAAUCUUCCUCCAGAGCUUGGGAAUCUAUCACAGAUUCAAAGACUUCUACUUUCCUCCAACAAUUUCAUUGGAGAACUACCAGUAACAUUGGCCAAGCUCACUACAUUGCAGGAUAUUCGAAUUGGGGAUAAUCAAUUCUCUGGGAAGAUACCUGAUUUUAUUCAAAGCUGGACAAGUCUCCAAAAACUAAUUAUUCAAGGGAGUGGAUUAAGUGGGCCAAUUCCUUCUAAAAUUUCACUUCUGCAAAACUUGACAGACUUGAGAAUUAGUGACCUGAAUGGAUCUGAAUAUUCUCCUUUUCCACAACUUAGUAAUAUGAGAUUAAAAUAUCUGGUUCUGAGGAAUUGCAACAUUAAUGGAACACUACCUGCAUAUCUUGGGACGAUGACAAGCUUAAAAAACUUAGACCUCAGCUUUAACAAAUUGAGUGGACAAAUUCCGAGUACCUAUGAUAGCCUAAGAAAAGUGGAUUACAUAUAUUUAACUGGAAACCUUCUCACUGGACCAGUGCCUGCAUGGACAGAGAAAGCGGAUAACGUAGAUAUUUCAUAUAAUAACUUCAGCAUCGGAAGCCAAGGAAGUCAGACAUGUCAAGAUGGAAAUGUGAACUUGUUUGCUAGCUCUUUGACGCGCAAUGACUCAGGAACGGUUUCAUGUUUGAGAAGCUUUGUCUGUCCUCAAACCUCAUACUCUCUUCACAUAAAUUGUGGUGGGAAGCUGGUAACAUUCAAUGGAAGCACAUAUGAUGAUGAUUUAGAUGCAGCAGGACCAGCUAGAUUCCACCAGAGUGGAACAAGAAACUGGGCAUUUAGCAGCACUGGUAACUUCAUGGAUAAUGAUGGUGGAGACUACUAUACUUGGUCAAAUAAGUCUAGGCUUCCUAUGGUCAAUUCUGAACUGUACAUGACUGCACGAGUUUCUCCCAUUUCUCUGACUUACUAUGGAUUUUGCCUGGGAAAUGGAAACUACACGGUAAAUCUACAUUUUGCAGAAAUCAUGUUCAAUGAUGAUCAAACAUUUAACAACCUAGGAAGGCGUGUAUUUGACAUCUACAUUCAGGGAAAGCUAGUGCAGAAGGACUUCAAUAUUGCAGAAGAAGCAGGAGGAAUUGGUAAGGCAGUCACAAAACCAUUCACUGCUGUUGUGACUAGUAAUACCUUGGAGAUCCGUUUAUAUUGGGCUGGGAAAGGCACAACUGGUAUCCCAUUUAGAUCAGUAUAUGGCCCUCUGAUAUCAGCUAUAUCUGUGGAUUCUGACUUUCCACCUCCCUCGGAAAAUGGAAGCAGCAUAUCUGCAGGAGCUGUGGUUGGAAUUGUGGCUGCAGGAGCAAUUAUUAUCAUCCUGGUAUUUGGUACACUUUGGUGGAAAGGCUGUUUUGGAAAGAAAAACACGUUAGCAAGAGAGCUAAAGGGUUUAGACAUGCAAACGGGUCUAUUUACCUUAAGACAAAUCAAAGCAGCAACAAACAACUUUGAUAUUGACAAUAAGAUUGGAGAAGGAGGAUUUGGUCCUGUGUACAAGGGAUUUCUAUCAGAUGGGACAAUAAUAGCGGUCAAGCAGCUUUCUUCUAAAUCAAGGCAAGGGAAUCGUGAAUUUUUGAAUGAGAUAGGCAUGAUUUCUGCUUUGCAGCAUCCUUGUCUUGUUAAACUCUGUGGAUGUUGUGUGGAGGGAGAUCAACUAUUGCUGGUAUAUGAAUAUAUGGAAAACAAUAGCCUUGCUCGUGCUUUAUUUGGCCCAGAAGAAUACCAAAUAAAAUUGGAUUGGCCAACAAGACACAAGAUUUGUGUUGGUAUUGCUAGAGGUUUGGCAUACCUUCAUGAAGAAUCAAGACUGAAGGUUGUUCAUAGGGACAUCAAGGCCACUAAUGUGUUGCUUGAUAAAGAUCUCAACCCAAAGAUAUCAGACUUUGGUUUGGCCAAGCUUGAUGAAGAGGACAACACCCAUAUUAGCACCCGAAUAGCUGGCACAUAUGGCUAUAUGGCUCCGGAAUAUGCAAUGCGUGGUUAUUUGACUGACAAAGCAGAUGUCUAUAGCUUUGGAAUUGUUGCCUUGGAAAUCAUACACGGAAGGAGCAAUACCACUCAGAGACAAAAAGAAGAAGCAUUUCAUCUUCUUGAUUGGGCACUUCUGUUGAAAGAGAAAGGUAAUCUAAUGGAGCUAGUUGAUAGAAGAUUGGGUUCAGACUUAAACAAAGAUGAGGUAAUGGUGAUGAUCAACGUGGCUCUCCUAUGCACUAAUGUGUCUCCUGCACUUAGGCCUACCAUGUCUUCAGUGGUAAGCAUGCUAGAAGGAAGAAGUGUUGUUCAGGAAGUGGUUUCAGAGCAAAGUGAGGUGUUGGAUGGGAAGAAGUUGGAGGCAAUGCGACAGUAUUACAAUGACCAGAGUGUCUCAAUGGAGGGGCCAUUGACUAGUUCAUCUACUUCUGUAACAGAUCUCUAUCCUGUAUCCCUGGGUUCUACAUACUGGGAGAACAGAGAUUAAAGACUAUGGAGUGAAAUUGCAUUCAUUUGUAUUAAUCAUCUUGCCAUGAGUUGGUGUGAAAUAUUAGUUUCUUCCUUAUAAAUCCAUAGGGUACAUUUUUUUCCUUACUAUAAUACAUUUUUUAUUUAUUAAAUU